AUGCAGUGCUUCGCAAAUCCGCUCCUCAGGCACGUAAUUCGCAGGGGCUGCUGUGAUGCUGCUUCAAAGAGGCAGUGCCUACAGUAUUUAAGAGCUCUGAGGACACUGCAGCUUAACAGUUUCAACACUGUUUUUUUAGGGGAAACAGAUAUUCCAGAAAGUCUUAUAACAGGAGAAAAAAUAGCCGAGGAGGCCAGCUUGCGCUGGCCGGUAUGGACGCUUGUUCACGCUGGCAGCAGCCUAGGGUGGGUGCCCUGGAGGUACAAACUGCUCUUAAAAGGUGAUUUGCCCAACCAUCAGCAGAACAGUAUUUUUCAGGAGUUGUGUGAUUCUCUGACCUCCUCCUAUGGGAAGUGCGUAAUUGUGACGAGGGACAAAAGGCAAACAAUGCGAAUGGGGGCAAAAGACAGCAAGGAGCCGGAGACAGGAACUCUGCCGCCAGUCUCACCAGCGAUCUACACAUCCAGCAUCAAGUGUUGCCCUGAAGUUGCCAGAGCCAAUGGCCAUGAGCUUCUUGUUGUGCCUUCGUCUUACAACUAUCUCUAUCCUAUGGAUGUUGCCUGGUCUUCUUUGAAAUGGUUUAUUAUAAACAACAGGAAGGACUUUGCUCUGAGGUCUGUUGAGAGGACCCACUCCUAUAGGUGUAUCCUCUUCAGUGACUUGAUUGUUCAAGGAAUAGAGAAGAUGACCCCAAACAAAUGGAAGGUAGUGAUUAACAGAGUGAAGAGAUGGGAGAACUAUUACCUUGACACACUUUCUUAA